AUGGGAAUCGGAGUUCAACUACCGCGGGACGUAAGGGAAGCUAGGAAACCGUUGUACCCGGCUAUGAAAACAGCCAAGGACAGUGAGAAAAGUGUAAAGUUCGUCGAUUUUCCGCUGAAUGGAAAUGAUGACUUUGAUCUCGAUCAGAAUAUAGAGGACGAGACUUUAGACAUGGACAUUACAGAAACCGAACUCCACGAGGCAGUUUACACACAAAAUAAUAAUAAAUCACCUGGAACGGACAAUUUGCCAGGCGAAAUUUUUAAAUCGGCUUAUGACAUCAUGUCCCCUUUUCUGCUUAAACUUUAUAAUAGACUGUUUAAUUCCAGUGAAUACCCUAUAAGCUGGGGUGAAGAUGAUCAGCUCAGAGAUAUGGGGAAUGCAUGA